AUGCUAUCAAGAAGGAGUUAUUCAGUGCUUAGGGCCAUAGCCUGGAAGAGAAAUAUUACUCAUUACUGUCCUGUAAGGUCAGAUUUAGUAUCCGAAAUUCGAAAUGUUCGUGAUGACUAUCGAAGAAGAACUGAAGGAGAAAUAGAUUUGAACGAAGAUAACAAGUCAACAUCGAUGGGGGAGCAGGUUGAAGAUCCAGUUCAAACAAUUUCGAAGAUUGUUUCUAAGAAGGCGAGCAUAAAUGCGUUUGUAGAUCCAGGGAACCGUGAGAUGGAUUUAUCCAAGUCCAAUGAAGUAAUCUACAAUACAUUAUGCGAUGCAAAUCAAGAAAGAAAGAGGAAAAGAAUAGUCAUACCACAAGACAGAUGGAUGGAGAAGUAUGUAGAGACCCGUCUGGUAGGGAUCAAAGAUAAGAAUGGCAACAACCAGCGGGCCACCCACAAGUCUGUGCGGACUGCCAUGGAACGUGCAUUUGCCAACGCAACCAUAUCUUCUGCAUCUGCGCACAGUUCCAUAGCUGUCGGUGAUCUUGUAGCAUUAUUCAACGACAGUACCUUCUUGUAUAUCGUUGUGGAAACCCCGAAGAAACUAGGAUCAAAUCAUUAUAUGUACAUCAAUCAUUUAGGAGAAAUUGUUUUCGGGCCCAAAGAUAUGAUCAAAUUAAGAUUCCCACAAGCCAUUCCAACAACCCUCGGCGAUGUCCUCAGUAACUUAGUACAAAUUGAAACCAAAUGGAAAGAUGUGGCCCCCAUAGGAUACCCAGAUGCCGAGUUUUCACGACUGGAUUUUGCCCGUCCAAUCGAUAGAAUCAAUACACCAGAAGUCGAAGUUGAUGGCGAAGAAGUAGUUGUCAAGAAAACUGAUUCUGAUGUAGGCGACGAUUUAAUCUUGGCAAAUGCAAGCUCACAAUUACUAACAAAUUCGGAUGUUUUGACAUAUCAAGUGACUGCAAAUGCAAGAGAAGUGUACAACGGACCCUUGAUUAAUGUGUCUUUGAAGACUACUGAAGAACUACCAGGGAUGGUUAGAAAGUUGGAAUUCUUACAUAGAGUGCUUCAGUACAACGAAAGAGGGGACAUGAUCGACUCUCCUGUCACUAUUUCUAUUUUCGAAAUGUUGGAUUAUAUCAAAAUGAUAGAUUUCAAACAAGUAACGGAAUACUUAGAGGGCAGAAGAAAUAUAUAUGACUUACAUUCAGUGAGCAGAGAGGCAAUCAUGAAGAAGGAGUCCGAGAUCUAUGCCAACCCAGAAAUGUUUUUAUACCGAGAUGUUCGUAGGUAUUUAUACAUGUGUGGUUCAGGAGGCAAACACCAAUCUGUUGUGGAUGAGGUAAUACCAACUCUUGGUAAGGCGAUCCCCAAAGUUGCUGCGAAAGAAAGUGCACAUGCUAUUACCACUUUUUUGGCAGCCAUUUUGGGGUUGAGACAACAGAGUAGAUUAUGGAAUUUGAACCAAAGAACUUCGUAUUAUCCUCCAUUGAGUGUUACCGUGCUACCAUUGAGAAGUGUAGGCAUGAGAAACGAUUUGAUCAACACAUUGAAGGAAACAGACGAGGGGAAGAAGUUUGCUCGAUAUGUUAUUGGGUGUUUUAACAGGGAGAAUAUGAAGAAGCCUCGGUAUUAUGACGAAACUGUUCAGUUGAUGAAGGAUUUCGUUGCCGGGAACUUUACAAAUGACCCACAGGCAGACUCUGUUAUGGUUUCACUUAUUAGAGAGGUGGAAAGGCUUGCUAGAACGUUCAAAAUCUCUCUUAAUUCUGGACCUGAUCCUUCAUUUGAAUACUCCAAGGUUCGUUGUUACGAAAUUUUACAAAUUCUCCGUGAACCAUUCCGCCAGGGAACUAGUGGAUGGGAAAACCCAAUCAAGUGGUCAUACUCACUCCAACUACCAAACAACGGAGUCCUGUCCCACUCUGACCAAGGAGAAAUUUACUAUAACUAUUUGGAUACGAUACUAUCAGGACAAGAAGAGCAGAUAGAAAAAAGAAGUUCUUUGAAAGAUAAUAGUCUGGAAAUUUCUAUUCCAAAAGAAAUCACUCCUAUUCUAGAUUCAUUCGAUAAACCACUUGUAUCGGAUUCAGGUUUGAAUGUGCCAAGCGAUUUAUACGAAACUGAUCCAUUAGAAGAGAUUAGAGAAGACUUUAACGAGAUACCCGUGUAUUGUAUUGAUUCAGAGAGUGCUCAUGAAAUUGACGAUGGGAUCUCAAUUGAAGAAAAGGAUGGGGAAUACAGAAUAUCUGUGUUUGUAGCAAAUCCAACGUCUUACAUAAAGCCAACUUCGAGUUUAGCAAAUAUUGCAUUUGGUAGAGGCUCUACCACUUAUUUGCCCGAAGGACCUACUAUGAUGCUUCCUGGAUUUAUGUCUAAGUUGGCUGGAUUAGGAGACUCUACCAGAACCAGAACCUUUGUUGUGCGGUAUCAGGUUGAAAUCGCCCACAUUGAAGAAUACUUGAAGUCUCAGAAUGCUAGUGAUGUCGAUAAUCGUCAAGCUGAGAAAGUAAUACUUCAAAAAAUCCAAGAUAGUAUUACCAAAUCAGCAAAUGUUACAGUUGGGUAUGCAUCUAAUUUCCCUCAAGGGUUCACAUAUGGUAAAGUAAAUGAAAUAUUAAACGAUCAAGAGAACAUCAAAUCAUUUGCCAACGGAUCUCCACUUGGAGAUAUCCAUGCCACUAAUCUCUUCAAGCUUUCCAAAGUAUCAACUGUUUUGAAAGACAUUCGUAUUCUUAUCGGAGAUGGACUCGUUAUAGAAGGUAAGAACUUUGGAGUGAAUGUGAAUUAUGUUCUGAAAGUAAAUCAAGAAUUUAAAUCUAAUAAAGGAGCGUAUGAAAUUGCAUUGAAAGGAGAAGAAAAGAUUUUCCCAUUGAUCAAGAUUGAACCAAAUAUCAAUCAAAGUUCAGAUUCAAAAUCUCAAUUAUUAGUUUCUGAAUGUAUGAUUAGUGCUAAUUAUGCAGCAUCUCAAUUUGCACGCAUAAACAAGAUCCCAGUGAUCUACCGUUCACAAAAUAUGAACUUGGACAAGCAAUUGAGACAAGAAAUAGAUACAAUUGUUAAGGAGAGACACUUCAAUAAUGAAUCAUUGAAUCUUGAAGAUAUGUCCAACAUCUUACCAUUUUUAACGGCUGCAAAAUUGCUGACCAAGCCAGAAAUCCAUCAAUCAUUAGGUGUUAAGGGAUACACCACCGUGACGUCGCCUUUAAGAAGGUACGCCGAUAUGAUUAACCAUUGGAUGUUUGAAGAUUACUUACUCGAAAGAAAGAACAUUGAGAACGGAUCCAACACUAUUACUAGUCGAAUCGAUCCACUGUUAUUGAAUUAUAUUGGUGGUCAUUUACAAAGUUGUGAACUUGUUAACAAGCAAGUUCAACGAUUUUCCAAUAGUUUCUGGGCGGGGGUAUUUUUGAAACAAUAUACAAAAUUAGUUCUGAAUGGGAAAGUUGAACCGAUCCCAUUCAAAGUUUUAGUACAAUCAAGACCUAAACUUGGGAUGAUUAGAGUGCAAAUGAUUGAUUUCCCUGAUUUGAAAACGCAUAUCCUGGUGAAUUCCACCUUGACGGAAUACUAUAAGGAAGAUCAAAUCCCAGAGGUAGGACUGGUUUUGGAAGGAGUGUUUGACUUUGUGAAAUUGGACUACAUUGAAAACGAGGUAGUUAUUGAAUUUCAAGGCGUUGCUUAACCCAAAGAAUUUAGA